AUGGCUUCCAUCAAAUCUUUGCUAAAUCCCCUUCCCGAAAUUCCUCCACUUUCUCCUCCUGCGCCGUUGCUGGCGAGGACUCCGCGUCCUGUGUCUUCGACUCCCCCUCUGGAAAAGAGGCAGAAGCUUGCCAAAGAUGCUCCCAUAUUCACUCGUGGUCGUAUCCGUGGCGAGCUGCGCUAUCCCCCGUAUGAAGAGUGUGAUGUCGAGUUGGAGAGAAUUCAGCGCGAGUUCAAGCUUCAUCCAACCAUGGGCAGCAUCGCUGAAUUUCCUCGACACAUCCCCUACAGCAGUGACAAGAAGAGUUUUCAGCAGCUCACUGGCAGAGAAUCAUUUGAAGUAUUCCAGUACACCUUCCAGAUGCCUGGUGAGGAGAAGGUGUGGACUGUGAUGUGGGACUAUAACAUCGGCCUCGUCCGGACGACGCAUUUGUUCAAAUGCAAUGGCUAUUCCAAGACCACUCCGGGCAAGAUGAUCAAUUCCAACCCCGGUCUCAAAGACAUCUGCCACAGCAUCACAGGCGGAGCCCUCGCUGCUCAAGGAUACUGGAUGCCGUUUGAAGCAGCCAAAGCCAUUUCGGCGACCUUCUGCUGGAAAAUCCGACAUGUUCUGACACCACUUUUCGGCUCAGAUUUCCCUUCGCUGUGCAUACUUCCAGAGGACAGUAGUCGGUUUGGCCGCAUGAUUAUUGACCAGGAUAUCGUGAAGAGAGCCACCGAGACCGCAAACUACUAUCGCUCGCUGGCGCUUCAGAGCGUACCAUGUCCCUCCAGAGCAACCAGCCAGUCUCGACCCGUCCCCCGGUACAUACGGCGCGACGACUAUCCAAACCACUACCCAGCUCGUGCCGAAAUGAGCAUGCUCCGUCGUCACAUCAUGCCUAGGCCUCCAAAUCGCCGGUAUACGGGCAGUGUCAGCAGCGACUACGGCUCGUCCUCUAAAGUCUUGGACCGAUACUGUGUUUCCCCUGACAGCCCUGUCCAGAACGUCUUCACUCCAGUCAACGUCCCGCGCACCUCGGACUUUGUUCCUCGUUCCCACCACAUUUCGCCGAUGGAAAUUCUUGCGUCGCUGCAGAGCAAGCACAGAAAAAUGCUACCAUCGGCUAUCAGCGAGGACGAGUCAGAGACAGACGCCUCGUCCUCAAAUCUAUAUUCAGAAGUGUCACGCACUCCGACGGACUGGCUGUCUCCAGAUGUUGACACGGCACUGGAGAUCAAAGGUGCGUCUGCCGAAGAUGCUGAUGAGAGUGCCUUUUCGGACUUCACUUCCCUGGACGGAGAUGUAUCUCUUUACGACGACGGUGACGAUGACUAUCGUAACCCGAUCGUUGACAAGGACACCACCAGGAAGCCCAGCACAAAUCAGUCUGAUGCUCGCACCGUUACUACUCGAACCAGUGGUCGUGUGGCCCCCACUUCCGUUGCCCGAGAGGUCAAGGCGGCCCAUGCUUUACUCCACUUACACAUGCAAGAGGCGAUGGCUAGCGAUACCGAUGUUGACGGUGAGAGAAAAGAAGGUGCUCAUUGCUCUCUUUUUGGAUCACGCUCUCGCGGCAGCGCCAGCGGAUUUCGGAAGAGACGCCGUGCUUCCCUCUAA